CUUGAGCUCACGCAUGCGCACUGGUGGAGCUGUAAAAGAGAAUUUGGAUCGAUUUGUCAUUUGUUUCGUCAAGUUUCAUUUCGGAAAGUGUUAAAAUGGUAAAACUGUGAUAAUGUAUCUCUCUGCUCCUUACACUGAACAGUUUAAACUGCAGCCUCGCUUUGACUCUCCGUUGCCACGUUGCCAUAGUAACGGUACACUUGCCUGUUGUGCAGUCUUGCCCAGCUGAUAUGAAACCCACGGUUUGUGUGCUUGUUGGUUUAUUUAAAGAAGAAAGGGUGCUGGAAAGUACAUUUGGUAAUGGAGCUAAUUGGAAGCAGUUACAAAGGAGAGACAAAAAAUGGCAGGAUGGAUGGAAAAGGAAAGUACACCUUCCCCACAGACACCAAGUAUGAGGGAGAGAUGAAAGAUGGGAUGUUUCAUGGUAAAGGAGUGCUUCACUUUCCCAAUGGAAGUAAAUAUGAGGCCACCUGGGAGCACGGCAAAGCUAAACAGGGGUCAUUCACCUUUGCUGACGGUCUGCAGUACCAGGAGAAGGACUGGUACUACUGUGAUGGAUACGACAGGCGCUUCUACAGUGAGAGGUGCAAUGGGCUCAGACCUGCAGGAGAAUCUCAGCUAACUGAUCUGCAUCCGCCACGCGUCAUUCCUGAUGGAUGUUACGAUUGUGGAGACGGAUUUUAUGACCCCAAUACCAGAGUAGUCACUUCCUACACUGGCAGAUUUCUCAGGAAUGCAGAUGAUUCCGAACAUGAGUGGAUUCUGCGGACUUGCCGGAAAGCUUGGGAUGAGGUUGUUGGCGCUGAUCCUGAAAAGUCUGUUGCAACAGUUCCUGAAGAGACCAGCAAUACCAAGUGACACAUUUUUUACACUCCACUUUUUAUCUGCAUGAAUAGCCCAUUUAAACAGGGAAUUAAUUGAUUUUUUUUGUCUUGUAUUACAUGUCUUUAGUGAAGAAGUCUAAUGAACAAAAAUCAUCUUUUAGUGGUAAAAUAUAUUUACUUUUUUAAAUACUCCUUGGUAUCGAUAUUGUAGGAGUUGUUACCACUGCCUAUUAUUUAUGUUUACUGUGCUUUGUGUGUGUGUGAGAGAGAAUUUAAGAGGGGUUUAAAAAGGUAAAGAGUCUGAAAAUGUACAAGCACUAAGGGUCCAGUAAUAAUUUUAAAUGUACUGUAUGUUGUUUUGAGUUUACUUGAACUCCAUGUGAUGUUAUUGGCAUGCUGAUUAGAGGCAUUUACUAUAAGAAUAUCACUUUCCAGGGUCAGAAGUCUACAGAUAAGAUUUUUGGCUGUAUCUCUUACAUGCACAUUCACAUCCUAAAAUUUUUUUGCAUGCAAAUACAGUAUAAUAUUCAAAAUAUUAAAAUGGGGGUAUGACCA